CCCUGUGGUUCAAAUAUAUUACUCUUCUCCGUCUACGAGUCACAAAAAAACAGACAGAAAGACUGUAAGGAUGGCAGAGGACGAGGUUAACUACGCAUCAGUUGUAUUUAAAUCUAACCAACAACAAAGAUCAGAAGUUAAAAAGGAGGAAACAGUGUAUGAUGAAGUGAAGGUGCAAAAUAAGGCAACAGAACAAACUCAGGACACAAAUGCCUCUGCAGAAUUCUUGUCUGACAAGAAAUCAAACCGCGGAUGUCGCCACUAUCAGCAGCUGGCUUGUUGUUUGGGCACGCUUUGUAUAAUUUUGGUGUUGGGCAUCAUAGCAGUAGUUGUCUAUCUUGUCACAGUUAUUCAUGAGAAUGAUGAAACUGAGCUGAACCAACUGAAAGAAAACCAAACAAUUUUAAAUGCUGUCAAUCGUAACCUGACAAAACUCAACAACAAACUCAGCUCAGACAAUGAAGACUUGAAGCAGAACCAAACCGAGCUCACACUCCACAUAAACAACCUGACUCAAGUUGUCACUGUCUUUGAAAAAGAGGUGACAAACCUGACUGAAGAAAACCGGAACCUUAAAAAGAAAAAUGAGGAGCUGGAGACUCAGAAUGAGGAGCUGGAGACAGAGAAGGAAAACCUAACAGAACAAAUACGAAACUUGACGACAUCAGGGAAUGAGCUCAAUGUUAGUCGAGCCCAGUGGAGCAUUGAUGCCUACUGUCCCAAGGACAAGAACAAUAACAACCGAAAGUGUAAUGUUUGUCAGGCUGACUGGCUUCCCUUCCAGUCAGACUGCUAUGCAAUUAAUGAUGCUAAACCUCUUGAGCAGAAAACCUGGGAAGGUGCUCGAGAAGACUGUAUAGGAAAGAUUUCAGAUUUGGCUGUUGUGAAUAAUGAAACAGAAAAGAGUUAUAUCAGUGAGAAGAGCUGGAACAUUCAAGGAAUCAAAGGAUACUGGAUUGGUCUGAGAGUCAAAGGUGGGAACUGGAAGUGGGUGGAUGGAAGGAAUCUGACUAACAGUGCCUGGAUCCCAGGGUCUCCUACUGAUGGUCAGUGUGCAAUCUCUGUCCAAAAUCAAGGAUUUAAAUCCGUGAACUGUAGUGAGAAGAACGCAUGGAUCUGUAAGAAGAAAGCUUUAACUCUUUGAAUACUGCAGUAAAACAUCACAAGACUCCUGCAUGUUCUGAAAACAUAAUAUUAAUAAU